AUGGUGACAGCAAGCGAGAACACCUCAAGCACCUUGACUGUGCCUACUCCCAAGAAGAGUAAUACCACCCGAUUGGUCCAAACCAUGAUUGGAUCAAUCCCGGUCAACAUAUAUCCUACAGAUUUUGUUCUGAUGACUUCCACUAGUGAAACUAGUGAGGAAAAUCAAAAGGAUAACUUUGUGGAGAACGCUAAGGUCCAAGGGGCCAAACCUCCAUCAAGCCCAAAAGCCUAUGCUGUGGAAUCCACAUCACAAGAGGUUUACCCAUGCUCUUUUAAGGGUAAAAGCAAAGUCAUCAUCAUGAAAAAGAAGCUCGUGCAAAAGGUGAAGACAACUGAUGUUUUAAGGGAUCAAAUUCCAUAUCACAGGGGGCAGUCCCGAAACCUCAAGAUCAGUUGA